AUGCUCCAGAUGUUUGUGAUGAUCUAUGUGCUGUCAGUUGUCGUCUCGCAGUCAACAAAUCCCCCAUCUAAGAGAGGUCGGAAUUUCACCAUCCACUCAUCCCAGCUGGUCUGCAGUCUGCCGGGCCCAGCGGGGCCUGCAGGGAACCCAGGAGCCCCUGGAUCACCCGGGGUCAUGGGCCCCAUGGGGCCCCCCGGGACAGACGGCCAAGAUGGGAAGGAUGGAGAGAAGGGAGAGAAGGGAGCUCAAGGUGAUCCAGGGAGACCUGGGAACCCAGGCAAACCGGGUGAGAAAGGUCGUGAGGGUAUUAUUGGCAAGGCCGGACCUCGGGGACUGAAAGGACAACGUGGAAAACCCGGAAUAUCUGGAACCUGGGGACAAAAAGGAGAUGUGGGUGACAUGGGCGAGGAAGGAGCUCCAGGUGGUUGUAACUGUGGCAAGCAAGCACGAUCAGCUUUCUCUGUGGCUGUGACAAAGAGCUAUCCUAAAGAGCGCACGCCCAUCCGCUUCACCCGGAUCCUGCUGAAUGAAGGGAAUCACUACAAUGUCUCCAGCGGGAAGUUUGUCUGCGUUAUCCCUGGAGUUUAUUACUUUACCUAUGAUAUCACACUGGCCAACAAGCAUCUCGCCAUUGGGUUAGUUCACAAUGGGCAGUACAAGAUCAAAACAUUUGAUGCAAACACUGGCAACUAUGACGUGGCGUCUGGUUCUACUGUUCUCCACCUGAAGGAGUCAGACCAGGUCUGGCUGCAGAUCUUCUACUCGGAGCAGAACGGACUCUUUUUUGAUCCUUUUUGGACAGACAGCACCUUUACGGGCUUCCUAAUCUACCCUGACCAGGAAUUUCUCAAUGAAGCAGAUAGAAAAGCAAAUGCUCAAGAUGAAAAUUAAUGAACUGUAAUGACGAUUUAUAUCUAAUUGAACUUCACAAGUUUGGGCUUUGUGGAAUUUCAGUUGUUUAAGACAUCCGUCACCAGGAGGCGCACUAGGAAAGAAAGAAAAUCAACUGGAGGAAUCACGCAACAAAACCUUAAUAGUGAACAAAAAACAUUUUACCUGAAAUAUUAUGCCCUUUUCUCAUAAAAUAUUUAAAUUUAUGUAGCCCAAAAUAAUUUAAUUCUUUUUCUUUUUUUUUUAACUCCUUG